AUGUCGCUGCACUACCCCCAGGGUGGCCAGGGUGGGUACCGGUACCGCUCGGCCACCGGCAGCGCCGUCAACGGCCUCGGGGAGCAGGGCUCCGACAGCGACGUCGCCGAGCUCAGCGACCUCGAGGACGACGAGGACGAGGACGACGCCGCCGGCGAGCCCGACGACGACGACGACGACGACGACGAGGAGGACGACGGGGACGGCUUGCCCUAUCCGGGAUUCGUCCCCGUCGCCCUGAGGUACCUCGACCAGACCACUCGGCCGCGCAACUGGUGUCUCGCUCUUAUCACCAAUCCGUGGUUCGAGAGGAUAAGCAUGAUGGUGAUCCUCCUGAACUGCAUAACCCUCGGGAUGUACCAGCCAUGUGUCGACGACCAGUGCGUGACGAAUCGGUGCAAAAUACUCCAGAUGUUCGACGACAUCAUCUUCGCCUUCUUCUCGCUAGAGAUGACCAUUAAGAUGGUCGCCAUGGGCAUCUACGGGAAGGGGACCUACCUGGCCGACUCGUGGAACAGGCUGGACUUCUUCAUCGUCGUCGCCGGGGCUCUAGAGUACUGCCUGAACGUGGAGAACAUGAAUCUGUCGGCUAUCAGGACCAUCAGGGUGCUGAGACCUCUCAGGGCUAUCAAUAGGAUCCCAAGCAUGAGGAUCCUGGUGAUGCUGCUGCUGGACACUUUGCCGAUGCUGGGGAACGUCCUGCUCCUCUGCUUCUUCGUCUUCUUCAUCUUCGGCAUCGUCGGGGUCCAGCUGUGGGAAGGGAUCCUCCGACAGCGGUGCUUCCUGAAGGCCCUCCCGAACGUCAAGUACCCCGACGACCUGGAGAAGUACUUCGACUAUCAGGGCCAGGACUAUAUCUGCUCGAGGCCUGACGAUAGUGGCAUGCACUCCUGCAGCGAUCUCCCUCCUCUGAAGUUAGGGAACCUCGUCUGCAACAGCACCGCCCUGCCGAAUAAUAACGCCACCUUCAUCAACAAUGCCACCUGCGUUAACUGGAACUACUAUUACACGGAGUGCAAGGGCCAGGGGAACAAUCCUUUCCAGGGGACCAUAUCCUUUGAUAACAUAGGUCUGGCCUGGGUCGCCAUAUUCCUGGUGAUCAGCUUGGAGGGCUGGACGGACAUUAUGUACUACGUCCAGGAUGCUCACUCCUUUUGGGACUGGAUCUACUUCGUCCUGCUUAUUGUGAUCGGGUCCUUCUUCAUGAUCAAUCUCUGCCUGGUCGUGAUCGCUACUCAAUUCUCGGAGACGAAGAAGAGGGAGAUGGACCGGAUGCGCCAGGAGAGGGCGCGCUUCCAUUCUACCAGCACCCUGGCCUCUUCAACGAACACCUCGGAGCCGACGACCUGUUACGCCGAGAUAGUCAAGUACAUCGCCCACCUGUGGAGGCGUGGGAAGCGCAGGCUGAUGAAGAAGUACCGGCUCUAUCUGUACAGCAGGCAGCAGAAGAGGGAGCAGAAGCUCCUGAAGGAGCAGUCCCAGACCCAGCAGACAGCUGGGGGUCUUAGGACGAACGGGACUCAUGAGAGGCGAGUCCACCGUGAAAGGUGUCCUCGACUUCUAGCUGCCCUGGAGUGCGGGGAACAAGUCGAUCCCGGGGACUCGGGACCCAUCGGAGGGUCCUUGAACGCCAUCGUCACCGGUACCGGAAGUCUUGCACCCAGGGCCAGCCCGGAAGUGUCCGAGACCGAGGUCUCAUCCAAUCAGUGCCGUCCGAGCCUUCAGCGUAUUCCUUCCGUCUCGAACGGCAGCGACAGCAACAUCGUCAACGCGGCCGAGACGAACAGUGCCUUGCUGAGUCCACCUUGCGCCCACAACCGGAGGAGGAGCAGCGUCAUGUUCAGCGACGUGGUGCUUCUUCAUGGUAGCAGCGUGAACACCCUGCCGGGCACGACGGUGCCCGGGGAGAGGAACGUCUGCUCCAGCGAGAAGAUGACCCAAACCGGGGAUGGAAACGUCUGGUCCACGGCGCAGCCGAAUGUGCAGCUGCACACCGACCUGGGUACCACCGAGGCCAUGACAUGUCAAGAGCUUUUGGCACUGAGUGGCGCACUUAGUGCUGCCUUGCCAACUGGUCAGCUGGCCCUCGACUCGUUCCUGAACUCCUUGACAAAAGGUAUCACCGAUCGACACGUCACCAUGGAAGACCAGGGUCAGUGGAUGAACGACCCUGAGACCUGUUCCUGCUGCGACGCCCAGAACGAGCAAUGGCCCGAAGACGACAAAUGGCAGCGAUCGGAGGCCAGGAAGCUGUUGAACGCUUCCGGAAGUUGUUGCGUAUGCGCCAUCAGGUGCGUGCGCAGGUGGAUAAAGAAACUAGUCGAGCACAAGUACUUCCAGCAGGGGAUCCUGCUGGCCAUCCUGAUAAACACGCUCAGCAUGGGCAUCGAGUACCACAACCAGCCUGACGAGCUAACCGUGAUCGUGGAGAUCAGCAACAUCGUCUUCUCCGCGGUCUUCGCUAUAGAGAUGUUGCUGAAGAUCAUCGCCGAGGGGCCCUUCGGGUACAUCAGCAACGGCUUCAACGUCUUCGACGGCGUUGUCGUGGUACUGAGCGUGGUGGAACUGUGCCAGGCCUUCCUCGAAGAGCGAGGAGGCAGCUCCGGUCUGAGUGUCCUCAGGACCUUCAGGCUUCUCAGGAUCCUGAAAUUGGUGCGGUUCAUGCCGAACCUCCGACGGCAGCUCUUCGUCAUGCUCCGGACGAUGGAUAACGUUGCCGUAUUCUUUUCCCUUUUAAUCCUUUUCAUCUUUAUCUUCAGUAUUCUCGGGAUGAACCUGUUCGGUUGCAAAUUCUGUGAAACGAUGAAAGGCAGCUCUGACGUCGAGUGCGAUAGAAAAAACUUUGACUCGUUGCUCUGGGCAAUAGUGACGGUGUUUCAGAUCCUCACCCAGGAGGACUGGAACGUGGUGCUCUUCAACGGGAUGCAGAAGACCUCUCACUGGGCCGCCCUCUACUUCGUCGCCCUGAUGACUUUCGGCAACUACGUCCUCUUCAACCUGUUGGUCGCCAUCCUGGUCGAAGGGUUCUCCUCCGAGAGGAAUGAAAGGAGGGAACGGGAGCAAAGAGAGCAGGCUAGAUUGGCUUCGAAGGAAGCAGGAUUGGGAAGUGACGAUGGCUCUUCAAGGUUCUCUGGGUCCCACUCGGUCUCUGAUAGCGACACUUAUACUCAGGACCGGAAGAACUCCUGGCACAGCGUGGAUGACACCAGGAAGUACAAGGACAACACCUGCAGGGACAAGCAGAACAGCUGGAGGCGCACCUUGGAGGAGCCUAAGUGCAACAUCCAGAAGGAGAGCAAGAUGAUGGGCACCCAGCCUCCGAUCAUCACUCACACCGCGGCUACUCCUCAGGACUCGCCUAACACGACCCUGGACACCGGGUACAGGGAGAUCAACUACAGGGUCACCCAUCCGGCCUUGUCGAUAGAGUCUAUUGACAGAUCAGGGAGCCAGACCAGCAUCCCUUCGGGCUUGUUGAAGCCCUCUGACAACAAAUACACGAGCAACAACCUGGUGGCGAAUCAGCUGACGAGGCGCAUCAGUCUGGUCGCCGUGGUCAACUCUUCGGCAUCUAGGGACCCUAAUUCAAGUCCGCCGAGAAUCCAGAGGGGAUAUUCCUGGCGCCUGUCCAGACCGUCUCUAGGAAGGAAGAGGUCGCAUUACGAAGACGAGCCCGGAAGAGCGAUUAUUUUAAACAAUGGACGAAGUACAGGGUCCGCGAUCUGUAGCGAGUACGCGAGCUACAACGGGGGUUAUCUUCAUGGUUCGAUAAGGAACGACACCCAGAGGAGUACCCCGAACAAUCGAGCGAUGAGCAACAAUUGCAGCCUCAGUCCUAAUAAUUCCAUCAAGAGUCGCAGCUCAUCGGUGGCUCAUUACGCGACCUCCAAUAUGAGGUGGAUCGGAGACCUGUCCCGGCAGAAUUCACUUCACGGGUACGACAGUAUGCAGAUUCAGAAGGUCCCCCUAGACGAUCUUCCACCCACCUCCACUCCUAGGACGAUUAAUAACCUGUCUCUAGAGACUGGGCCCUUGCCAAGAGUGAAAGCCGUCCCCGAAGAGGUUGACUCCCAGCCGGGUCAACAGACUCCUUCGUCAAAUGGAAACGGAAGUGCCAGCAGCGUCGAGAAGAUGAAGAAGAUCUUCAUGUUCUUCGAGCCCAAGGGCUGCCUCAAGGAGAGGGACGAUUACUCCCUGUACCUCUUCCCACCGCACAACAGGUUUCGGACCCUCUGUCGGUGGCUGGUGGACCAGAAGUGGUUCGACAACGUGGUGCUGCUCUUCAUCGGGCUGAACUGCAUCACCCUGGCCAUGGAGAGGCCCAACAUCCCUCCGGACAGCAAGGAGAGGGUCUUCCUGCUGACCGCCAACUACCUCUUCACCUGCGUCUUCGCGGUGGAGAUGUUCGUCAAGGUCGUCGCUUCGGGGAUGCUGUACGGAUCCGACGCGUACUUCACUUCCGGAUGGAACAUAAUGGACGGACUACUGGUCAUCAUCUCGAUAAUCGACCUCUCGAUGUCGCUGAUAUCCGCGAGCAGCCCCAGGAUUUUUGGGAUCUUGCGAGUUUUCCGUCUGUUACGGUCCUUGAGGCCACUUCGGGUGAUCAACCGGGCACCCGGACUGAAGCUCGUCGUCCAAACGUUGCUCUCCUCGUUGCGGCCCAUCGGGAACAUCGUCCUCAUCUGCUGCACCUUCUUCAUCAUCUUCGGGAUCCUCGGGGUGCAACUCUUCAAGGGUGCCUUCUACUAUUGCGAGGGGCCCGACAUUAAGAACGUCCGCAACAAGACCGACUGCUUGGCCGACAAGCGCAACGUCUGGCUCAACCGGAAGUACAACUUCGACGACCUCGGCAAGGCGUUGAUGUCGCUCUUCGUCUUGUCCUCGAGAGACGGAUGGGUCAACAUCAUGUACACGGGGCUGGAUGCUGUGGGUGUGGACCAGCAGCCGAUCGAGAACUACUCCGAGUGGCGCCUCUUGUACUUCAUCGCCUUCAUCUUGCUGGUCGGGUUCUUCGUCCUCAACAUGUUCGUCGGGGUCGUCGUGGAGAACUUCCACAGGUGUAGGGAGGAGCAGGAGAAGGAGGAGCGGGUCAGAAGAGCCGCGAAGAGGGCUCUUCAGAUGGAGAAGAAGAGACGACGGAUGCACGAGCCUCCUUACUACACCAACUACUCGAAGUCCCGGCUCUUCGUCCAUAACGUCGUCACCUCGAAGUACUUCGACCUGGCGAUAGCAGCAGUGAUCGGGCUGAACGUCGUCACGAUGGCGAUGGAAUUCUAUAUGAUGCCGAAGGCCCUGACCUACGCCCUGAAGAUAUUCAACUACUUCUUCACCGCCGUCUUCAUCUUGGAGUCGUUCAUGAAGCUGCUGGCCCUGGGUCUCCAGCUGUACCUGAAGGACAAAUGGAACCAACUGGACGUGGGGAUCGUGAUCCUCUCCAUAGUCGGCAUAGUCCUUGAAGAGGUGGAGUCCAAGAUCAUCCCCAUAAACCCCACGAUAAUCCGAGUGAUGCGCGUCCUGCGGAUCGCCAGAGUGUUGAAGCUGUUGAAAAUGGCGAAGGGGAUCCGGGCUCUAUUGGACACGGUGAUGCAGGCCUUGCCCCAGGUCGGAAACCUGGGUCUGCUGUUCUUCCUGCUCUUCUUCAUCUUCGCUGCACUGGGCGUCGAGCUAUUUGGACGUCUAGAGUGCAGCGACGAGAUGCCCUGCCAGGGCCUCGGGGAGCACGCGCACUUCAGCAAUUUCGGGAUGGCCUUCCUGACGCUUUUCAGGGUGGCCACCGGUGACAACUGGAACGGCAUCAUGAAGGACACCCUGAGAGACGAGUGCGACAGUGCGGAGGACUGCGUGAAGAACUGCUGCGUGAGCACCUUCAUCGCCCCGAUCUUCUUCGUCAUCUUCGUGCUGAUGGCCCAGUUCGUGCUGGUGAACGUCGUGGUGGCGGUGCUGAUGAAGCACCUCGAAGAGAGCCACAAACAGAUGGAGGACGAGCUGGACAUGGAAACGCAGCUCGAGAGGGAGUUAGCGGCAGAACAGGAAGAGCUCCUCGAAGAGGAAGCCGGAGCUGGUCGGGACGGUGGAGACGACGUCGAGGACGACGAGGACGAAGUCGACAACGAGAUGGAGGACCACGUGAGAAGAUCGAGGCCGGGAUUGUCGAAGGUCAGGUCCUUGCCUGCGAACUUCACGUACAACCCUCCAGCAGGAGAGGAUCGAGGAGAGGACCUGGAAGCCCCGGAGUACCCGAGGAGUCCCCAGGGGUCCACAGGAGGUGGGACACCCCGUUCAACGGACGUCUCCCUGUCCAGCGGUAGUGGUCGUGGCGGUACCCUGACCUCGGUCAAGCCCAAGCCCACCAAGUUCAAGGCCAAACGUCGGCAGACCUUCCACAGCCAUCAGCGCAGCUCGCUUUUGCCGAUGACCUCGAUGCCCAUGCACUUCGAGGUCGCCGAGGUGAUCAAGCCCGAGAGCAACCUCAGCGUGCCGAGGAUCAUCUCCAGGAGGGACUCGACGCUUUCCGGGAGCGUCAAGUACCUUCAACCUCCGGCAAGCCCCGCCACCUCGGAGUGCCUGGAGGACGGUUCCUGGCCGAGGGUAUGCAGGACUCCGGAGGUCCAGAGGAAGCCAUCCUUCGGUCUCGUAGACCCUGAUUUCCACGGGCAGCAGAGUCCUAGGACGAGCAGGAACUACCUGUUCCCAGGGUGCGAGACCUAUGGUCCCCAGAGGAUGAAGAAGAGCAGCGAGUCCUUGGAGAGGGGCCGCCAGGUCGGGGGUCCUGGGAAGGAGAGGUCACUCGAGGUUCCUGGGAACGACGACCUGGACGUGCAGUCCGUCAUCAAUGAGCGGAGGCCCUCGAGGCUGAAGGGCUCGGGGGCGUUCGCUCCUGGGGACGGAUUCGCCGCCCUCCAGAGUGCCGGAUACGCGCACAUCUUCGCCAAGGCUGCCGACUCGACCUGGGGGAGCCUCACUGGGAGUGAAAUCAAGGUCUAUGCUGAUGAUACGGACUCUCAGAGCAGCGGGAACGGGAGCAGGAGGACCCCCAGGAGGGUCAGCGAGGUGGAGGCUCCUCAGGUCGAGGCUCUUCGGGAUGCUGAGGGGACUCACAGUGGCGGCGGCCGAUAGACUUUCUUGAAGACGUUCUCGAAGACGUUUUCGAAGACCUGGAAGACCCAAGCCACUCGUAGAUCUUCCCGUCCGACCCGGCGUCUCUUGGACCGACCCUGAAGACCGUAGUGUGCAUGACAAUAUACUUAGACGCCCUCUUCGGCGGGACCCGACCCUCUUCAGGGUCUUCGAGUCCUGCCUCUCAACGAAUCCCGGGGUCGGGUCUCCGGACCUCUUAUCUUUCGGUUCCUGAUGAUUCCCCAGGGGUCAGGGAAUGGAACUUUAGGAAUUGCAGCCAAUUGCGAGGAAUUGCGCGACACAGUGGUCCAUUGCCAAUUUUCAGCGCGACAAAAAUCUGUGCUUAAUAAAUUUAAAGUUUAUAUAUAUAUAUAAUUAUUUUACAUUGCCACAAUUAUUACCGAAUAUUUUAUUUUUAUAUUUAUUUAUUCAGUAUAUUCAGUCAGGUGAAUCUUUGCUCGUUGAACUGUCAGAUUCAUGUUUUCUUGAAAUCGCUUGAAAAACUCGUGGUGGAUCAAUUUGCAAACAUAAUUAAUAAUUCCGCGUGAGAAAAUGUUAGGACAUGUACAGAAAUUUUCCGUAUGUAAAAUCAAAGAGCAUGUCGAAUUUUUGUCGCCCUGAUAAUGGAUUUCGGACCAUUGUGCUCCGGGUCAAAUCCCGAGAGACCCUGGAUAGCGUGGGACUAUCAGUCUCCUUAUCAGACUCGGGGGACUCCUCUUCAAGGUCGGCGAGAAAGGGAGGAAUUCGAAAUAGAGAAUCGGCAAAACGGAGGAUCCGCCAUUUAACGACUACGCCGCACGACAAUCUUAAUCGCCUCGCUCCGGAAAGGAGAAUGAUCAGUAGCGUUAUCAGUGAUUAUCAGUUAGGGCAUAGGAGGGCCGCGUAAAUCCGCGCCCGAUAGAGGCUAAGCUAAUCGACCGUGUUAAACGACGUUGACUCGAGAUUUAGACACCUUAGACGUAUCUUAGGGGAGCUUGUCGGUUCGCCCUCGUUAUCAUUUCCGAAUUUCCGCCCUCGUUAUCAUUUCCGAAUUUCCGCCCUCGUUAUCAUUUCCGAAUUUCCGCCCUCUUCCGCGUAUCCGCCCCCCUGGGUCAGGAAUUAUUCGCCGUAGGGGUCGAUAUCUCGCAUCGAGGUUCGAGAUUUCUCGGAUCCUAAUCAGUUAACCAUACCAGUGAUAAGCGGGGAGACGUUUCGCGAGAUUCUCCAAAGGGAGGAACUGCUUCGAAAGGGGCGAAAUGUUCUCUAUCGGAAAAAAAAACCGCGUACGGAGAUUUCAAACAGACAGAAUGAAGUUAUCACCUGUUCGUUUUUUAGUAUCAGGGUGAACUAAGGUUGGGAAAGAGGACCACGAGUACCAAAAGAAGUCCUUACACGUGGAUAACUGAGAUAACAACGCGACACGCACGUGUACCCUGUUUUACCGAUACCACGAGGGCUUCGUCCCUUUAAAAGUAGUUCCAAUUUUCGCAGAGGUGUAAAGGGCGUAGAGGGCGCCAGUGGAGCCAUGCCUCCCUUUCAAACAAUGGCGGGAAAGAUUUCCCCGCUUAUAUCUUGUCCCCCCUCUGUCUCUUCCGCACAGAAGCCAAUCCGAAGAUAACGUUAACGCAACACGUGGAGUUCUUCGUUGUAUAACAUCUGUGAUACAUAUAUAUAUAUAACAUGUAUAUCUUUAAUAGUAAAGGCGAUUUCCGGAAGGUGAGGAGAGGAAGCAGGGGGAAGGAGCGAAUCGGCGAGGCAGAAGAGCCGAUAAGGAGGGCAUCGCGCGAUUCGGGAAGCUCUCUUUCUAUUUCUCGUUGUACAUAAGACCGCGACUCUGCACUCAGUGUGGUUUAUUUUGAUACUAGGUGAUGAUUAGGAGAUAACGAGCCUAGACUCCCCUCCCUCACCCCCGGGUUCGGGCUUUUGCGAGGAGACCUCGACGUUGCCUUCGCCGAACCUCGACGGACCGAGCCGCGAGCCCUUAUCGAUCUAUCAUCGACCUCUUAUCGCGCACCCCUUGGAGGAGGAUUUUUCUUUUCUUUCCCACGUUUCCCAUUUCGGGAUCUUCCUUCAUCUCGGUCCAGGUCGGGGAUUCGAGCAGCUCGCGGGACCCAGUAACCCGACGUCUCCAGACGCGAUCAGCUGAUUCCGCGGUCGCUGAUAAGGCGGUCGCUGAUAAGGCCCUCGCUGGUAAGAAGAUCGCUGUAUUCGCGAUUGCUGGUGUAUCGAUAGGCGAUCGUUGAUAUCGCGACCGCUGAUAUCGCGACCGCUGAUAUCGCGACCGCUGAUAACGCGUCAAACGACUGACCCCCCCCGAAUUAUCCGCGUAUCGGCGGAAACUGACGGAUGACUUUUCUCGUCCACCCUUUCUAUCUUUAUACCCCCUGAUCGGUGAUCCGCUCGAAGAAGAGACCCUGAAGAGGGUCCUGAAGAGGACCUUUCUUCGUCCCCUCUUCGAGGUGAUCUCCCUUUCUCUCUUUCUCUCUCUCGGUCUCUUUUUCUCCCCUGUCGUCGCUAGUCACUGGUCUGUCUUAGACUACUCCGGGGGGAGGAUCCUCCCGGGGACACCCUGAAGAGCCCUAGGAAUUUAGACCAGGAUCGUCGCUAGCCUGUAAGAACCGUACAAAGGGAAUUAUUGUUUAAGCUGCGGAGAGAAUAAAUUAAUUCAA